UUACUCUCGCGACCGCUUCACUUUGAUCUAUGCUGCGGGCUCUCACGCGCGCCUGCGUGGGAUGUCCUGGGCCGGGUCCUGCCACUGUGCGGAUGCGCGCCAUCCGGUCAUGGUCCACUCUGCCGAAGGCUGAGCUGGAGGACCACGACUCUCCCCCGACCCCUCGCGACUCGGUAGCCCACGAUGUCGUGCGCGCUCGACGACGGGCCGCGCGUGGAGGAACGCCCUGGCGAGACAUGAAUGAGCAUGACUAUGCUAGGGCCGAGAAGGUGGCGGAGCUGCAGGCCGCGCGGGUGAAGCAGGCCGAGAUGCACUUCAAGGAGGCUGCGGACAGGCUAGGCGAAGUCCUUCAAGCUCACCGCGGUACGCAACCCCUGCCGCCCGCGGUAUCGGAAGACGCCGACGCCCUCGACCUUGCCCAGGCCGAGGUCCGAGAAGCGGUCGACGACAUGUGUCACGACUUGGAUGAUCUUGACCUCCCACGGUUUGCCCUCCGAUGGCUGACGUUUAUGGAGGCAAAAUGCUAUUCCAGUCUAACCGAGGCGGACUGGGACGCGCUCAACCAGCGUCUAGCGGCUUCCUUGCGAGGGACUGAGCAAACGCAGUACCGCGGUGUCCUCCACGGUCAUCUCGCCGACCUAGUCUACGGCGACCCUGCGCUGUUUCGGGCCGUGUGCCAUUUUGCGGUCGAAGCAGCGGCGCGGCAUUGCUGGCAAACGCUCCUCGAGGUUCUCUUUGAGCUGCUACGGUUCGAACACGCCGCACUCGCCAAGAUCCUCUUCGAGGCGUACAAGGCGCGAGGCAUCGUGGUUGAUGGCAUCGACAUCUCUCUCGCCCCAUCCCAAAUUCGUGCUGAGCGUCUUGCGUCGCGCCUCAAGUCGGAGGGCAUGCGGCCCCUCGUCCUUACAUACGUGGCGGCACUCACCCUUCUCAACAGGUGGGAUGAGUCAACGUCCUCGGUCUUCAUUGGACUCGACAUGGACGGCGUGAUGCGGCGGUUCACCCGCCACAUGGAUCAGUACCAGGUUCAGCGGCGCGUUCCACGCCUAGGCGGCGAUCCCAAGCUCCUCCGGCGAUACCGGGACAAUUGUGACAAGUUGGCCCUCAUCUUCUACGCCUGGCAUGCCGACGCACUGAAUCUGCAUAUUCACCACCUCAGCGUACAGUCUCCUGGCGACACUACUGCUUUGGAUAAACUUUACAACGACGUCCUCCGCGCAUCGAUCGGCCCGAAUCGUUUCAUGAUUCCUGCAGAGCGCCCCAAACGCAACGCUUCCACUGUAAUUCUGCCUGUCAUGGUCUGGGGUGCGUUUGCCUGUGCAUACUCUCGCCAGCGUCGUGCCGAUGUGAUCAUGCGUAUGAUCGAAGUCGACAUGCCUGCGCGGUACGGCAGGGUACCUCUGACGGCUCUCGAAACGUUCGUUCCCUGCCUCGCCGUGACCGCGGGCAAAAUGCCUGAUCUCCGCCCGCGCAUCCAGAAAUACUUAGACAUCGUCUGGCAGCGCAUGCUAGGCAUGGGCGCGGCACGUUCACCUAACGCUGUCUACAACCGACUUUCCGCUCUGCUGAGCAUGGGCCAACUGGAGGGAUUUCAAGCAACCGUGGCGACACUACAUGCCUCCCUCCGAAAUGCGGGAAACACUCUGGCAGACGUAGCAGUCGUGCCACACCUCGUCAGCUUCCAUCUGCGGAUGCAGCACUACGACGAGGCGCUGCGUCUUAUCCAGGGGCUUGCUAGGCUCAAGGAUAUGGCCAGUCUUAACCUCAGGGCGGUUCGCGACCUCCUUAAGUACACGAGCUACGCCAAGUACCCGUACGAGAAGCGGCGCAAGCUUGUUGCCGAAGUGCUACGCCGCGUCGAUCCAAGCCUGGUCAGCCCCGUAUCCAAGGCCCUCCUGAUGCGGUUUUUGCUGGACGGUGGUAAUCCUGUCGAGGCCGUAUGCGCGAGUCUCAUCAACUCCAAUGCAGCCUCACCAGGCUACUACCUGAAGGUGGUAAGGCGGCUUACGCAGCCCCGCACGUCCCGGAGAGACAUUCCCCUCGUGUACCUCGAGGCAGCUGUGCACAUUCUCGAGAAGCAUGUGCCGACGGACAAGAGCUACGCAGGCGUCACGUACACAACUAUCUGGAACACAGUGGUGAAAGCAAUCAGCAUGUCGCACGCCACGGAGGGCGAGCGCUCCGAGCUCGUCCAGCGCGCCUUCGACUGCUUCCCCGCUACACGCGAGACGCAACGCGGCCACACGCUCGCACUUAUGCGCUCCGUGAUAAUGGACAGUCUGUGGCGUGAUGACCCAUUCCCAGCCCUCGCAGCCCACUGGUGGCGCAAGCUCUAUGCCAUGGACGCUGGCAUGCACUACCUCCCCGAGGUGGAGGUUGCGGUCAGCGGCUUCGUGCAGGCCGGGCUCAUCGAGCCCGCGAUGCAGGUUGUCGAGAUGUGCUGUCGCAUGAGCACGCAGCACGGCAAGUUGCGCAGCGUGCUGGCCGAGCGCGCAGAGUGGACAUGCCCUGCGUUUGAGGAGGUGUUGUACCGCGAAGGCAUUACAGAACGGAACGGCGAAGUCGUCCCCCACCUCCCGCGCUUUGGCGUCGAUUAUGGCGCAACGGGAUGGCAGGACAGCCCAUGGAGCCCUGAGGUGCGCGAAGAGUUCGACGAGGAGGCCGCAGAGGCUGAGAUGGGAGUGGGUGAAGAGCUGGAGGAGCUGGAGGACGUAGAUUAGGGAUGAUUUGCAUUCUAUCUUGGAC